UUUCUUUCAUAUAUUGUUGUGUAAUUACUGAACUUGCUGUAUUAAUUCCCCAGUUUUUAGUACGCCAGUGGCCAUUUGUCAAGAUGUCAAAAGUGCAAAUUUCUGCACUGAAAUACUCUUCUACUGUUCUGUUAAGGAACAUUAUAUGUUGUGUUGGGGAUAUGUCCAGUUUGAGGAAACCAUUAAUAUAUGUUUCAUUUCUUCAGGGCUUUGGAAACUAACAAAUACAAUCACAUCACUGCUACCUACUUUUUACUAGCAGAGCGGAUUUUAAGAGAGAAACAAGAGAAAGAAAUACAAACCAGAUCAGCAAGCCCAAGCAAUAUAAAAGCGCAAUUUAGGCAAUCAUGGCCAACAAAAAUAGAUGUUCCUCAAGAUUUAGAUGAUGACCUUACAGCUUCUCCUUUGUCCCACGGAGCUGUUCCUCAGUCUCCAGCUCGUAGUGCUGAAAAUGUUCUUAAUGGACACAGAAGUAAGGCACUCAGUGAUUCAGCCAAGAAAGAGGAUAUUCCUGAAUUAGCUGGACCAACACUUACAGUUGUUCCCUCGGUGAAUUUAAAACCUACAACUAGUAAUCGAAAGUGCUUGUUUAGAGUGGAAGAAGAUGAAGAGGAGGAUGAAGAAGAUAAAAAAACUGUUUCCCUGUCAAAUCAAGUUGUUCUGCGCCGUAAGCCUUCUGUUACAAAUCGUCUUACUUCCCGGAAAAGUGCCCCAGUCCUUAAUCAGAUUUUUGAGGAAGGGGAAUCUGAUGAUGAAUUUGAUAUGGAUGAGAAUUUGCCUCCAAAACUUAGUCGGCUAAAAAUGAAUAUUGCUUCACCCAGCACUGUGCAUAAACGUUACCACAGAAGGAAAAGUCAGGGUCGUGGAUCUAGUUGCAGUAGCUCAGAAACAAGUGAUGAUGACUCAGAAAGCAGGCGACGUUUAGAUAAAGACAGUGGGUUUACUUACUCCUGGCAUAGAAGAGAUAGUAGUGAAGGUCCUCCUGGCAAUCAGGGAGAUGGAAGUGGACAAGGAAAACCAAGCAAUGGAAAUGGAGGGCUUGACAAAACAAGUCCUGGUGAUAAUCAUAAAGAGGGUGGAAGUCCUUCCAGUAGCUCUAGUGGAAGCACGAAUAACAAUUCAGGUUCCACUCGCAGAUGUGCAGGAUCUGGUAAUUCGGUGCAAUUGUCAUCAAGAAGUGCGGGUGAUCUGGUUGAAAGCCUCAAGUUGAUGAGCAUCUGUUUAGGUUCUCAGAUUCACAGUAGCACUAAAUACAUAAUUGAUCCCCAAAAUACCAUUUCAUUUUCCAGUGUUAAGGUGCAGGAGAAAUCAACAUGGAAAAUGUGCAUAAGUUCUGGGAGUGUAAAUCCAGUUUCAUCCUUGGGCAGCAUAAAAUUGUUUUCUGACCAAAUGUCAGAUGCGGCAAAUGAGUUAGAACGAAUAAAGAACAAGAACUUGAAAAAUAAUGUGCUACAACUACCUCUAUGUGAAAAAACAAUAUCUGUGAAUAUUCAGCGAAACCCGAAGGAAGGACUGUUAUGUACAUCGGGUCAGACAACUUGCUGUCAUGUUGUUUGACAAUAAUCAAAUUUAACCCAUUCUACUUGACAUCACCAAUCUUCCUGUUCAGAGCUGUGAAUACUUUAUUUCACUGAACCUUUUGUUGUCUUUGUCUUAAUAUUUUAACAUAGGCUUUAAGCAGUAAUUUAUUACAUUUUAAUUUAGUUUUGCUUGUUAUGACAAUGCAUGAUACUGUGCAUGCUGCUAGCCAGUAAUUUCUUUUGUUCCAAACAAACCAGGAUUUAUGUAACUUUUUACCUUUAUAAUUUUACUAUAGAAAAUCUGGAUUACAGUAAGGCUUGUGUCCAAAUCCAGUAUAAAUUAAGCACUUGGUAGUUUCACAUUCUGCACUUAAAUUAGAAACAGAGCUUUUGUUUCUUUGUAAGACGUCAAAUCUUGUUCGGAUCUUCUGUGUUACUUAAAAUAUGUGAGAUGUGGCAUAAUUCUCUGUGUUUGCAACAGAACCAAAGCAAUAAUAUUUUGAUACUGAAAUCUCUUCUGGAGCUUUCAGAAUUUCAAGGCUUGUACAAAGCAAAAGUGCACUGAAAAGUUAUCUUGAACUCUUGAUUUUUAAUCCCACAUCUUUGUCUUAAAUAAUAUGCAUGAGUGGUGGCUGAAAUGAAGAUCUUGAUUUGAUAUAGACAAGAUUUUUUUUUAAAAAAAAAUCUAAGGCAGCUUUCCCCAUUAUUAAAUGCAGACAAUCUUUUUUUAAAAAAAAUAUCUAACAAAGGAACACUGUAAUUUGUUUAAGAGGGUUUUUCCCCAUGCAAGGGAAAGCAUUCAUUACUGGUAUAUAUAAUCAGUUGUAAAGUAUUGUGCAAGAUAGUUAAAAUGGACCAAUUUGUGGUAGCCAAGAUCUAUUCCAAUAAAUCAAUUCAUAUACAGUAACUGUUGAUAAUGAUAUUGAAAAAAACAAAGUUUGUUUCUUCCAAAUCUACUUUCCACUGUGCCCUUUAAUAUUUACAAUAUUAAUGGAAGCUUCACAGAGUGCUGAUUACUUUAAGGAUGUAAUAAAGUACUUUGAGCAUGCAGAUAAAUGAGGCAAGAUAGGUAAUUGUCACUUUUGUAUAGAGUUAAGUAUAUCAAAAGUGCUUCAAAAUACCUAAAUGCAUACAGUCAUUUCAGCCAGACAUUUCUAGUAAAGGAGAGUAGAAGCAGUUGCUGGAAUUUGAAUAAAAGAAGAGUCUGUUCAGAUUAUCAGAGAGCCUAUCUGGAGUACUUUAAUAUGGUAUAUUCUAAGUCUACUCCAUGGAUCUCAAAAUGCGCCAUGGAAUAUAUUACUGGAAAACAAAUUAUUUUAAUUGGACAUUUAGUUUGGGAUGUGACAUUUAAUUUGCUUUAAUAAUUCUUUCUCCAAAUCAAGUCAACGCAAGUUGGCAUGGAGCAAUUCUCUUUCAUUCUUGACUGUAUUUGCCUUUUUUUUUUUUUAAACCCCUUGCUACUGAAAUGCCAACAAAUGAAUGUGUUGGCACUUUUUCUGUUAAAAUAAUACUUCUGACCAGAUGAAUUAACUUUUCUGAACAUGUAUCUAGAGUAAAAUAUAUUGCGUAUUCCCAAUUUGGGGAAAAACAAGAAUUUUAUUUUUUCAAGCUCUGUGCACUGGGUCUUCAAAGCAAUGCUGGUAAGAACUGAUGGUAUUAUGUAGCAGCAACCCAGACAGUUAUUGUCUGAGAGAGUUUACAUAGUUCAGUAGUAUUGUAAUGCUAGCAAAAUGGUCAAGUAAAAUGCAUUUCAUUUACAUUAUAGCUUGUAGAGCACCAAAGAAUUGUUACAUUGGAUUAUGAUUUUAUGCUUCCCUUUUUUUUAGCAUGGUGAAUCUGUCUGAAGGUACAGUCUAAAGCAUUUUUACCAAGAAGCCACUUGAGUUCAUUAUGGCUUAUUUCCAAGUAAAUAUGGAUUCGCCUAUAAUUCUAAAUCAUGCAGUGUAUUUUAUUAUCUAGCCUAGUUCAGGGUUUAUAACUUUCCAUUUCCCAAGUGUAGCAAGGCAUACAUGAAAUAUUUCACAUUUGUUUUUCAAACUCUUGUUGCAAUUUAGUUUAAAACUGCUUAUGAUGCUUUACCAGUAUGAGAUAAGUACUCUGUGUAUGAUUGUGUGUGUAUACACAUGCACAAAGCUGAAAGAACUGAUGUAUGGGUGAAGCCAUAGAACAUAUUUGCUUGAAAUUUUCUUGAGCAGGGAUCUUACAAAGGGCCAGAAAUAUGAACAGUUCAUAGAUAUCAGUGAGUAGGGCAUCUAUAUAAAAAGUAGGAGAACAUUUAUAAAGGGCAUUGGCAAUAAACUUUGUUGCAGUUUUUAUUUUCAAGUUGCUGUAAAUAUUCUUAUCACACAUUAUGUACAGCCUUGGAAUGGCACCUUUUUGACCAACCCCAGGAGUUUUUGUUUCUUCUGUUUUUAUAUACAAUUGUGUAUAUAUGUAUAUGUAUAAAUAUAUAUAUGGUGCUCACUUUAGAUCGGCGGUGUUGACCAUUAUGCUGCAUAGCUGUAAAAUAGCCUUUAGUUGUGUAUGGUUGGGUGAACUACUUGGGUGUACAGAUGUUAGCUUGAAUGUUGUCUUUUAUUCAUUUGUUCACAGGUGAAUGACUGUGCAUGUAUUGUAUGUUGUAUUAUGUUCUGUUAAAGGAGGGAGAGAAUAACCACUACAUUAAAAUAUAUUGGACCAAACUAUUAUAGAACAAGUAACAGUUUCCUGUACCCCUUAAAUUUGUCUUUACAAGUUGCUUAUAGUUACUGUAGCAUAUAAAUAUUGUGGAAAGCAACUAGUCUUGUAUUUUUCUGUAUGAAUAUAUAAUGUACCUCUAGCAAUUUAUCUGUAUUUAAGAUGUGACAAUCUUGACACAGAAUUAAUUUUGCAAGUAGCAGUUAAAUUAAGCAGAACUGAAUGGAGGAAAGCUAAGCGUUUUAAGAGAGGGUACAGAAAUAUCAGUUGAUCUUUGUCAAUUGCUUCCAGCAAUGUUUGGCUUUUUUCACUAUGUAACUAUUCAUGGUGUGUGACAAAAAUCCAAUUAAUAAAAAUGGUCUCUUGAUUGGUGCAAAAAA